AUGGGUCUUUCGAAUUUGUCUUUUUCUUUGCUUCUUCUUCUUUCUGCAUUGCAGCUUGUUUCUGCACAAUUAGCCACUGACCCGAAUGAAGUUUCUGCUCUCAACAAGAUCAUAGACCACUGGGACUUGGGAAAUCAGCUGAGCCUUACCAUUGAUCCCUGCACUCCAAAUGCAACAUGGGCAUCCAGUACUGCAAAUCCACGUGUCACUUGUGACUGUGCAGGCAGCACCUGCCACAUCACCCACCUGAAGAUAUAUGCUUUGGACAUUCUUGGUGAAAUUCCCAGAGAGCUAUUUGAGCUGAAGGAGCUGAUAGACUUGAAUCUUGGUCAGAAUGUACUAAGUGGGCCCAUCCCUGCUGAAAUUGGACAGUUAUCUAAACUUCAAUACCUCAGCUUGGGCAUAAACAAUCUGACAGGUCCUGUGCCCUCAGUGCUUGGGAACUUAACCAAGUUGCUUUCCCUAAGUUUUGGCUCAAACCAGUUUUCUGGACCAUUGCCAAUGGAGCUUGCAAAAUUAACCACCUUACAGGAGCUAUACUUAGACAGCAGUGGAGUGACUGGACCAAUUCCUCAGGAGCUUGCCAACUUAAAAUCCCUUAAAACUCUCUGGGCAUCUGAUAAUCUCUUCACUGGAAAACUCCCAGAAUUCUUAGGGGCUUUUGCAGAACUCGAAGACUUGCGACUUGAAGGGACAUUGCUUGAAGGCCCAAUUCCAAGCAACUUUGGUGCUCUGGAGAAACUAGACAUCUUGAGAGUUGGUGAUCUUGGUGAGGAAGAUUCUUCUCUUGGAUUUUUGGAGAAUCUCACAAGUUUGUCCACAUUGUCUUUGAGAAAUUGUCGAGUUUCCGGCAAAAUUCCAGAGCAGAUUGGCAACUUUGCUAAGUUGCAAUACCUGGAUUUGAGCUUCAACAAGUUGACUGGUCAAAUACCAAACUCAUUCCAAGAUUUUACCGUGUUACAGUUUCUAUACCUUGGAGACAAUAACUUGAGUGGAGAACUACCUGCUAGUAUCAUAACUCCAAAGCUUAUUGCACUAGAUGUCUCCUUCAAUCCUAUGUCUGGGAAUUUGCCUCUAAAUUUUGCCAGAACAGGAUUUUCAAUGAAUGUGCUUGGUACAUCCAUCAAUGGAAAUGGUUUACCAGACAGGGGGGGUUUUGGAUUGUUGAAUUGCCUCCAAGGAGAUGCUAAGUGCACUAAUCAACUCCCAGCAUUGUCUUCAUUUUCUAUUAAAUGUGGAGGCACAAGCCAGACUUCUGCAUCCGGCAUUGAAUACAACGACGAUUCUGAAACACUGGGAGCUGCUUCAUUCUACAAAAGCUCCAGAUGGGCAGUGAGCAGCACAGGAAACUUUGUUUUCAACUCGAAUGGACCUCGGUACAUAGCAAGCACAGAUUCUCAAAUCACAGAAACUCUAGAGUCUGAACUGUACAAGACAGCAAGACUUUCACCAAGCUCACUGAGGUACUUUGGCCUUGAUUUGAUGAAUGGGAAAUACAUUGUUGAGCUUCACUUUGCAGAGAUAGCAAUGGAAGAUGACACAAAUUCUUGGAAAGGUCUUGGAAGGCGCAUUUUCGACGUCUACAUUCAGGGUGAGAGAGUCCUCCAAGACUUCAACAUCCAGAAGGAAGCAGGGGGAUCAAAGAGAGCACUGAUAAAAACAUUCGAAACAAACGUUUCCAACACAAUCAUGAACAUCCACUUCAUGUGGGCUGGCAAAGGCACUUGCUGCAUUCCGUUGCAAGGCACAUAUGGCCCCUUAGUGUCAGCAAUCAAUGUUCGUCAAGUCCCGGGUGCUGGCAAUUCUGCAAACCGCGGGAGGAAGCGGGUGGGGAGAAUUGUGGGGAUUUCACUUGGAUGUGCAGCUGCUGUUAUGAUAGUGUCAUCAGUGUUCUACUUAUGGUGGAUAAAGGAUGAUGCACCUGGACAUAUGAGGGUGCAUACAGAUAUACCCAAGAAAUGAGCAAAUGAAAGUGAGAAUGUGAGAAGUGAUGGCCUUUAUUGUGUAUAAAUAUUUGUUUGCUGUAAACAAGUACACCUGUAGAGAAUAAGAGGCUUUUUCACAAAAUGUUAAA